AUGCCGAAGGACUCGCCCGGCAAAGGCAUCGGCGAGGAUGAGUUCUUCGCCGCCGAGUCCACGCGCGCGUCCGAGGAGGUGGAGCGCGUCACGUCCGGGAUCGAGCUCGAGCGCGAGGCUUCGAAAACCUUUGGCAGCGACACCGCCAUCCUGCCGAGGCUCCUGGACGCGUCCGGGGUGUUGCAGGACGCGGCGUCGGCGAUCAUAGACGACACGUUCAACGCGUGCUUCGCCUUCUCCGACAACACCGCGUGGAACUGGAACUUUUACCUGUUCCCCCUGUGGUGCUUCGGCGUGGCGCUGCGGUACCUUGUGCUCUUCCCCAUCAGGCUCGCGUGGAUAGUCACCUGCACGCUGCUCUUCAUCCUCUUCUUCACGAUCAUACACAACGUGACCAGGGGGAAGCUGAGGGCGAACCUGGAGCGGGAUUUAGUGCACCUGUACGCGGCUUGCUUCGUCAUCUCGUGGACGGGCGUGAUCAAGUACCACGGGCCCAAGCCCACGCAGAGGAGCGGGCACGUGUACGUCGCCAACCACACCAGCAUCAUCGACUACAUCGUCCUCACGCAGGUGACUCCGUUCAGCUCGAUCGCGCAGCAGAACAAAGGGUGGGUGGGCUUCAUACAGAACACCGCCAUGGACGCCAUCCACUGCAUCCGAUUCAACCGAACAGAGUCCAAAGAUCGCGAGAUGGUUCAGCGCAGGCUCCGCGAACACGUCGCCAACCCCGACCGCUUACCUCUGCUCAUCUUCCCGGAGGGCACGUGUGUCAACAACGAGUACUGCGUCAUGUUCAAGAAGGGCGCUUUCGACCUGGGGUGCAAGGUGUGCCCCAUCGCCAUCAAGUACAACAAGAUCUUCGCCGAGACUUUUUGGCACUCGAGGCGCAUGAGCUUCACGACCUAUCUCCUGAAGCUGAUGACGUCGUGGGCGGUCGUGGCGGACGUGUGGUACAUGGAGCCGCAGGAGAUGGGCCCGGACGAGGAUUCGAUCCAGUUCGCGGAGCGGGUGCGGGGGAUGAUCUGCGAGCGCGCGGGUAUCAAGCCGGUGCCGUGGGACGGGAUGCUCAAGUACUACAGGCCGAGCCCGAAGAUGACGGAGAAGAGGCGCGCGCAGAUCGCGUCGAACCUCGUCAAGCUCCUGCCCCCGAAAGACGGGCACUUGGAUUGAACGGUAUUCGCCCGGUAUUAGCCACCGCGAAAUGUAAUCAAUGAGGCAUAGAGACGUGCGGUUG